AUGUCCGGUAGAGGAAAAGGAGGAAAAGGUCUAGGAAAGGGAGGUGCUAAGAGACACAGAAAGAUCCUUAGAGAUAACAUCCAAGGUAUCACUAAGCCAGCCAUCAGAAGACUUGCCAGAAGAGGUGGUGUUAAGAGAAUUUCUGCUCUGAUCUACGAAGAGGUCAGAGCUGUCCUCAAAUCCUUUUUGGAGAACGUUAUCAGAGAUGCUGUUACCUACACAGAGCACGCUAAGAGAAAGACCGUUACUUCCUUGGAUGUUGUCUACGCUUUGAAGAGACAAGGAAGAACUUUGUAUGGUUUCGGUGGUUAAAGUUGCUUUGUGGAGUUUCUUUACUUUUGUAUUCUAGUGUCGGUAGCAAUAUAUUGGUCAAAUACCAACGACUUUAAAAGCGAUAAUU